AUGGUGCAUGAGUUUCAUGGUGGAUAUAUUUCCAUGUUUGAGAACGGCUCCUUAUGGUGGCACUUCUUUAGCCUGUCUAAACAGACUACGCUGGCACACAUCAUAGCCAACAGCAGCAAAAAGAAUGGCACGAGGUUUGUGACACUGUCGGCCACAAGUGCCAAGACAAAUGAUGUUCGAGAUGUCAUCAGCCAAGCCCAGAAUGAAAAAAGACUCUUCAAGAGAAAAACCAUCCUCUUUAUUGAUGAGAUCCAUCGUUUCAAUAAAUCUCAGCAGGACACUUUCCUUCCUCACGUCGAGUGUGGGACUGUGACCCUGAUAGGAGCGACCACAGAAAACCCUUCCUUCCAAGUCAACGCCGCUCUUCUGAGCCGAUGCCGGGUGAUCGUCCUGGAGAAGCUAUCAGUUGAAGCAAUGGAGGCGAUUCUGAUGCGGGCCGUCAGGUCCUUAGGGGUCCAGGUUUUGGGCCAGGGCGACCAGCACAGCAGCUUUGCAAGUGGCAGCAGCAGUGAGAGCUCAGAAUUCCCUGUGUACAUAGAAGAGAAAGCUUUAAAUACCCUAGCCUACCUUUGCGACGGUGAUGCAAGGACUGGACUGAAUGGACUCCAGUUAGCAGUUCAGGCUAGAUUAGCAGUGGGGAAGACCACUCCUUUGAAUAUUACCAAAGGUGGUUCUGCAGAUGGCAUUCUGGUAACAGAAGAGCACGUAAAGGAAGGGCUACAGCGAUCUCACAUCCUGUAUGACCGAGCAGGAGAAGAACAUUACAAUUGCAUCUCUGCCCUGCAUAAGUCUAUGAGAGGCUCAGAUGAAAAUGCUUCCCUUUACUGGCUUGGUCGAAUGCUUGAAGGUGGUGAGGAUCCACUCUAUGUGGCGAGGAGGCUGGUGAGGUUUGCAAGUGAAGAUAUAGGGCUGGCAGAUCCUCUGGCUUUAACACAAGCAGUUGCUGCUUAUCAAGGCUGUCACUUUAUAGGAAUGCCAGAAUGUGAGGUGAUUCUGGCACAAUGUGUAGUGUACUUUGCCAGAGCACCAAAGUCUAUAGAGGUAUACAGGGCAUAUAGCAAUGUCAAAGAAUGUCUGAGAAUGCACACGGGACCUCUGCCACCUGUUCCACUGCACCUGAGAAAUGCCCCAACACGGCUCAUGAAGAACUUGGGCUAUGGUAAAGGCUAUAAAUACAACCCCAUGUACAAGGAACCUGUAGAGCAGGACUAUCUACCAGAAGAGCUGAAAGGAACAGACUUCUUCAAGGAACAAAAAACGUGACCUUGCUGGGAAUGGGGUUUGAUUUUAUGACUCGUACAUUAGUACUGCCAUGGAAAUUCCCCUUACAGUUUCAGCCGUCUGUUACUGUGAUUGAAAGUAUUAAGCC